UUUGCAACAACAUGUGCAAAGGAGUUCAUUUCCCUACAAUCGUCGACACAAAGAAAAUGAUUGAAUCGAGAGUUGUUUCCCCCCCACUUGACUCAGAUUUUCUAUGGAAGCCAACGCGGCAUAUUCAUUUCGCCUCUUCGGUUGAAAUCAUUCCAGCGCUAUCUCCUUUGGAUUUCAUCGACACAGGAGAGGAAUUUGCGGCCAUAUGGUAUGCAGCUGAAGACUUGGAUCGAUUUCGGUCGGAAGUUCGGGACAUGUGCCGCAAACUCCGAACCGAUAGCACAGAGGAAAAGAAGGCGUGCACUCUAGCACUUGAUCACCUGACUCGAGGACUCGAGCAACGGACCUGUCUUGAAAGGCAAAGAAGAAAAUACUUGUCAAUCAAGUGCAUCGUUCGGGCACAGCACAAAUUAGAGGACUCAUACCAAUUGGCGUGCCUCGCUUACAAAUGUACACAUUGGGCAUCAGAGCUGGCUUUAGAGGAAGCUGCCAGGGAUUUUGUUCGCGCAUACGUGCACGAGACGGAUGUGAAGCGCGUGAGGGAUGAGCACGUUGAAGACGAGCGAAGGGUGCGGCCUUGUUUGCGCUUGGACAUCCCGGUAUAGACCUCUUUUGUAAAUAUUCUGGCUGAUUGCGCUUGUGCUAUGGGGUCAGUCUUAUUCACUGAACAAAUAGGCUUAAAUAAGACACAGAUUGGCCAUUGACUAGUUUAUUAGCGAGACAAUCAAAUCGAAUCCUCUAGAGCAAUGAAGUUUGCUUUGUUUUGAUGAGCUUCACCGUCUGGCAAGUUGGCGUUACAUCAACAAUCUUAACUAAUUUCAGAGUUAGGCGGAGUCGAUAGUCCAGACGCGAGUAGAAAGCGGAGAGACUGGAGACCUCUCUGGCAUUCUUCUUUAUCAAAAAAUAUCACGAACGAGCAAUUUUUGUUUUGCCUUAAAUAAAUUUCAGAACCACGAUCGAAGAACAAAAAGAAUCAGCAAAAGUAUUAAUUAUACACAGCCAGUCUUGAUAGGAUUCAUUGAAACACAAACAUCGAUUCAAUGGUCCAGGAAAGCGAUUCAAUGCUAUGACUGACUGUGAGUGACAGUCUGUUACAUAGGUAAGUGCUUACGUAGUUACCUAACCCUUCUUGUCCAGUCAAUCAAAUCGAAAACGGUAGACCGUCCUGGAUUGCCGCAGAAGCUCUGUGGAGUUCAGAAGAUUGACAAACGACUUCCACGUGACAAGAUCGUUCGUGCAAGUUUACCAGUUGACAGGGAGAGUCUGCUUCACAUCAAACUGCGUUUCACAGCCGUAACGUCAUAAUAUUGCUCUUUCCUAAGGCAAGCGAAUACACUUGAAAGAAUGACAGGCAAUCAACGCACUGAGCUCAGCAGCUCCCCCAUUACCCGCUUAAACAUCAUCAACUUGAUAGCUUACACCCUGAAUGUGCUGAUCACCUAUGGAAUUGGUGUUGCCGGAUUGUUCGACUUGCCUACUAACGGCGAUCUCUCGCGCAAAUAUCAAACACUAGUGACACCGGUAGGAUGGGCGUUCUCAAUAUGGGGACUAAUCUUCACCUUUCAGCUUGUUUGGGUUAUAUUUCAGACUGUUUCGAAGCGAAAUCGAAAUAGCGAAUGGAUAUCAGCGAUUGGAAUGGGAUACUUUCGAAUUUGCGUGGCGCAAGCGGCUUGGACACUUGCUUUCAGCAACGAAGCCAUUUGGUUAUCGCUUGGUUUUAUGGUUCUGAUCUUGGUUUUUCUGGUUGAGGCCGUACUUUCUCUGAUUCCUAAGCAAGCCUCGGUAGGAGAUUAUGUGCUUUGGAAGCUUCCUUUCACGCUCCAUUGCGGCUGGAUUCUCGCUGCCACGGUUGUCAAUCUGAAUGUUGUGUUGGUAGCAGAAGGAUUCUCAACCAAUAUACAAUUUCUUUCUGCCGUCGGUAGCCUUGCAUCCUUGUUCCUCAUAGGUGUGUUUACGGCCUGGAGACAUAUUGACUAUGUGAUUCCGAUCGUUGUGGCUUGGGCAUUACUGGGUGUAUACGUUGAAUUAGGCAGUGCGGCCGCCUCUAUUGUUAUUUCAUUUGAACGGUCCCAAAUUGAUCAGGCUCGGUAUGGUGCAAUUAUUGUAUCCAGUGCUCUGAUUUUAGCCACUCUGGUGAAGGGUGCAUUCAGCCUCUGUCAGGGACGCUCUGAUGCCAGCACAGAGGAGUCUCGUUAUUUGCGCCAGGACCACUAAUUACACAUACACCAUGUCUUUAAACCAUAAUAGGAUAAUAUGCUUGAUCAUAUCAUUCAACAGCAUCGUGUUCCACAAUGCAUCUAAAAUUAUUGACUUCCUUUGAAAAGCAAGUAGGUCAUGACUUUCCGAUGAGCAGCCUUGUGGUUCCACAACAAUAUAGUAUGCAAUGUGAGCAGUUCAGGCUAUAUGGCGAAGAUGGCGAGGUUGAACAAUGGAAAAGAUAAACGCAGAUUGAGGUAGGAAAAGCAAGUUUUGCCCAGCAGUGCCACAUUUUUUUGUCACAAUGCGGCAAAGCAAAAUCGAUAACAGUGAAACCCAAAUGCGCCAAAAGUGAAAAUGUCCCACCCGUUCCUCGAUGAUUGCCAUACUGACAGUCAAUGAACUACGUACUUCUCUAGUGUAACACCUUUGGGACUAUACUUUGGACGU